AUGGGUGAAUCCCGACCAACAAUGGACCGUACAAAACGGCCAUGCCGCAUCGCCAAUUGUUCCGGAGCCCGUGGUGACCCGGGGUAUCAGAUGCGGCGGCAGGCAACCUACGGACAAGUCGAUUUCAUCACCGGGGACUAUCUUGCCGAAAUGAAUUUGGCUGAGAAUGCCGAGAAACUGGCAUUGGGCCGGCAUGAUGGCUGGGAACCGACCGCUUGGGACGGCCUGGAGCAGACCCUCGACAUCAUCAAGGACAAGUGCAUAAAAAUCGUCAUUAAUGGGGGUGCUUUGAACCCAAGAGGACUGGCGAAGAAAACACAGAAGUUCAUCAACAACAGGGGUCUUGAUCUGAAGGUCGCGUAUGUCUACGGAGAUGACUUGAUGCAAGAAAUCAGAAGUGGGUUGGAGAGAACAGGAAAGCUGCCGCAGCACCUCGACGAGGAGAAUGAACACGUGUCCUUGGCCCAAAAUGCUACGGCGUUGCUGGACCUGGAUGGGAAGCCCAUCGUAAGUGCGCAUGCUUACCUUGGAGCCCGAGCCAUCGUCAAAGGGCUUGAACUAGGAGCGGAUGUCAUCAUUUGUGGAAGAGUCGCAGACGCAAGUCCGGUCAUAGGCGCGGCGUGGUUUUGGCACAAAUGGUCUGACAAAGACUACGACAGACUUGCAGGGGCGCUUGUUGCCGGCCACUUGAUCGAAUGCUCUGCAUAUGUGACAGGCUCGAACUUUUCGGGAUUCGAUGAGUACCCCUUGAGCACCUUUGUGGACCUUGUGUAUGGCAUUGCAGAAGUCGCCGACGAUGGGACUGCAGUCAUCACCAAACAUGAGAACACGAACGGGCUCAUCAACGAAGACAACGUCAAAUGCCAGUUCCUGUAUGAAUUGCAAGGCGCAAUAUAUCUCAAUUCCGACGUGUCCGCGAAUAUCAGUGAUAUCAAGAUCGAGCAAGUUGGCAAGAAUCGUGUCAGACUCUCAAACGUCAAAGGAUAUCCUCCCCCUCCGACGACGAAACUAGCCAUCUUCUACCAUGGUGGAUUCGAGGCACAGCUGUUGAUCAACGCAACUGGAUAUGCGACCAAGGAAAAGUUUCAACUGUUCGAAAAACAGCUGCGAUAUGAUCUGCAGCAAAAAGGACUCCUGGAUAAGUUCCAGUUGCUGGAUUUCCAGGUCCUAGGCAUUCCAGAGGCCAAUCCACGGUCACAAUUUGCCAGUACCACAUAUUGUCGAGUCUUCGUGCAAGCAGACGCCGAGACGACCAUCUAUGGCUUGCUGAAAUGCUGGAGCGAGAUUGGAAUGCAACAUUUCUCCGGCAUGCAUCUAUCGUUGGACACAAGAACAGCGUUCCCACGACCGUACCUCGCUUUCUAUCCGGCGCUUUACCCGCAGGACAGGUUACAGGAGGGUGUGGCCAUUUUGUCUGCCGAUGCCGAGGCCGAGGAUGUACAAGUUGCAGAUGCAGGCCAUCCUCCCAGAUACCAGAAAUUGGAACCUAGGGAGAGUUAUGAGACUGCCCAACCAUUUGGACUUGCAUCAUUUGGAUCAACAUGCGAAGGUCGACUGGGCGACAUCUGUCUUGCCCGGUCAGGAGACAAGGGUGCCAAUAUCAACUUUGGAAUCUUCGUUCGUUGUGCAGAGCAUUACCCUUGGUUACAAUCCUUCAUGACUCGCGCCAGACUGCAAGAAGUCAUGGGUCAAGAUUGGAGAGGUGAUUUCUACAUUGAGAGAGUGGAGUUUCCGAACAUCUGGGCCGUUCACUUUGUGAUUUAUGGGCCUCUUGGCCGGGGCGUGAGUAGUUGUCGAUUGCUUGACAGCUUGGGCAAGGGAUUUGCGGACUACAUCCGUGACAAGGUGGUUGAUGUACCGAAAAGGUUUCUGGAUGAUGUGCUGAAAAUCAAGCGCCAAAGGAGGGCUAUGCUGUGA